GAGGCGCUCUGCAGCUCUUCAGUCCGCCGAUAAACCCACUAAAGAAAGCAAGCGAUCCGUCGCGUGUGUUUGUUUGUGUUGUUUUCUCUUCUGUGUUUCAUUAAAUGUAAAGAUAGUCUUAUCGCUGUGUAUUUAAGUGUUAACAAGUUAAUGUUGAAAUGGAUGUGGAUUGUUGUGAAUCGUCAGUCUAUGUGACUCUCGGGGGCUCCACAGAAUGUCUGGAUUCAGUGUGGAUGAGCAGAGAUUAGAGCCGCACACUGCAGUCACUGCUGGACUCCAAACUCUCUGAAGAGAAAUCCAGACACACACAGGACUCAGAGCUCAGUCUGACUUUACUCUGUUAUACUGAGUCAAAGCCCACAGACUUUCAGGACACCACAGUGUGUGACAGUAAACAAAGCUCACAGGACGAUCAAACCUCCACAGAGUCUCUGGAUUCUGUCUGUAACGCUGGAGAACAACAACAGAUCCUGAAGAUGUGUUCAGUCAAACUCAUCGACCCCAGGAACUUGAUGAUCGAGAUUAAAACUGAACCCUCAGAAAUAAAAUCGGAACCCACGGAAAUAAAAACUGAACCCACAGAAAUAAAAACUGAACCCACAGAAGAGGAAGAUCGCAGUGAGAAAGAUGAUGCUUUUAUUUUGUCAGAUGUGAAGAGUGAAUCAUGUUUGGGUGGAGAAAUAACAUCCUUGACUCUUUCCUGCAUCACCGGUGGAGAGACACUGAGCUCACAGACACAUGAGAGAGAAAACAGAGAACAGAAACUCUUCACCUGCACCAGAUCUGAGAUCAGCUUUACUACCUUACAAGAUAAGAAACUUCAUUCAGAAGAGCACGGAGACAAGAAGAAGAAGUUGUUUCAAUGUGAGCAUUGUGGGAAGAUUUCUGGCUCUUCCUUUAAUCUAAAAGUUCACAUGAGGACACACACUGGUGAAAAGCCUUUCUGCUGCACUGAAUGUGGAAAAUACUUCAGCACCAAAGAAAAUCUUAAUACUCAUAAGAGAAUUCACACAGGAGAAAAACCAUACAAGUGUCCUCACUGUGAGAAGAGAUUUACCCAUAACCAAUGUCUUAAGACGCACGUGUUUAUACACACCAAUGAGAGACCGUAUCCGUGCAGUGAAUGUGACAAAGCCUUUAGGGAUUCAGGUUCGUUAAAAUCACACCUUAAUAUUCAUUUUAAAGAGAAACCCUAUCAAUGUUCACACUGUGAUACACGUUUCUGUCAUGAAUAUCAGCUGAUAGUCCAUGAGAGAGUUCACACUGGAGAAACAUCUCAUCACUGUAGUGUGUGUGGGAAGAGUUUUGAUAAUCAUGAACAUUUAGUGGCACACCAGAGAAUUCAUAGAGGUGAAAAACCUUACAAAUGCUUUCAGUGUGACAAGACGUUUACCCAUUUAGGUAACUUAAAAGCCCAUCAGAGAGUUCAUACAGGAGAGAGACCUUAUCAUUGUAGUGUUUGUGGAAAGAGUUUUAGUCAGCAGUCAAACUUUAUAAAGCACCAGAGACUUCAUACAGGUGAAAAACCAUUUAAAUGCUCUCAGUGUGACAGGACGUUUGCUCACUCAGAUUACUUAAAAGUCCAUCAAAGAGUUCAUACUGGAGAGAAACCUUAUCACUGUAGUGUUUGUGGAAAGAGUUUUAGUCAACCGUCAAACUUUCUUAAGCACCAGAGAACUCAUACAAGUGAAAAGCCUUUGAAAAUCGUCACAGUUUAAUAAAGCAAUAAGUCCCAAGAAGUAGUGGGUUACCAGUGCAUUUUAUAAUGUUUUGCAGUAAAUAAUAAAAAUAAAUUGAUUUCAGAUGUUUAUCAUUUGAAUAUGUUAACAUAGCCGACAGCUGCAUAUAGACCAAUUUAGAGUAGACGUCACAGUUACGUCACUGCAAGCUGCGCGUGCAAUGCGGUUGCAGAAAAACAGUGGAAAUGAAUUAGACACGAGUGAAAAGAGCAAGAUAACUCACUAGAAAAUGUCCGGUUGUGCUGUUAAGUGUCAGAAUAAGAAUGCCAAAAAAGAUGGCUUUCAUUUUUAUAAAAUACCAUCGUCGAAGACAUCAUUUGAAGAUAAAAGUAGAUGUUUAUGAUUACAAUAAGCCCUUAAACGGACAGAAUGGAGCGAGGAAAUCAUCUGGAAAUCUUUUAAUAAUUAGAAUAGAAAAUAAGUAGAGGAGAUGUCCGGUGUUCUGUCGAAGUCUGUUCCCUCCAUGUGUUUCUUAUAGCGUUUUUAUCAUGUUACAAUUAUAAUUUAUUCAGAAUAAAUGUUUUUUUAUACUGAAAAAGCAAUAAUAUCACAAUUUUUUAAAAAUAUUUCAAAUUUUUUUCGUUUUCUAUUAUUUCUUUUUAUUUCCUUAUAUCUUAGCUUAUGUCUUCUUCCUGUUUGUUCUAAAAUUAUUAUGUUUACAUACUUAAUAAAUAUAUCAAUAUAGCAGACACACACGCAUGAUGUAAAGUGUUAUUAAUAUAUAAACAGGCCUUUUUAAUGUAUGUUUAAACAUAAUACUUUUAUCAUAGUUUUAGAACAAACACGUAAGAUAAAUAUAAGGAAGAAAUAGAAAACAGGAAAAUUAUGAAAUAUUUAAUAAACGCUAUUAUAUAUAAUACAUGAUGAUAGUAUUGCUUUUAUAUGUACUUUAGCGAUUCAGACUGUAAAAAUAAUUGAUUUAGAAAAAAAGAACAAUACAUAUACAUUACAUACAUGCAUAUCAGUAGCCAAGCCAUUUAAACUUUUUAUCUAUCUAAAAAAAUAAACGUAACGUGAUUAAAACGCUAUAAGAAACAUUGCACUAAAGGUAACAUAGGGGAAUCCGACUUCGACAGAUACCGGAUCCAUAAAAAUCACGGUUUAAUGCUAAAACACUUCACAACCCUACUGCGGAGCAGUCACUUUCUGCAACCAGUUUGGGUCCGCCCACAAAAAACGUCAUCUCUGUUUGCAAACACGAAAUUGGUCUAUAGUUCGCUUUCUCUCAUUAUUAACUUAAAAUAUGGAUAAAUUAUGGAUAAACGUACCCAGCUGAAUAUAAACCAAUGCUAAUCUGUUGUAAUAAUCAUGACAUGGCAUCUAUUGCGCAAAUUAAUUACUUAUAAUGAUUAGUAAAGAUUAAUCGCGAUUAAUCGCAUACAAAAUAAAAGGGAUUUUUGGCAUAAUAUAUGAGUGUGUGCUGUGUGUAAUUAUUAUGUAUAAAUAAAUAAAUACACACACAUUCAUGUAUGUUUUUAAGAAACAUGUACAUGUUUAUAUAUAUUUAUUUAUAUUUUUAUAUAUUCUAUAUUAAAUAUUAAAAAAAUAUAUACAUAAGUAAAACAAUUCUGAAAUGAAUAUAUGAAUGUGUGUGUGGUUAAAUAUACAUAAUAAUUAGACACAGUACACGAACAUAUAUUAUGCAAAAAAAAAACUUUUAUUUUGUAUGCGAUUAAUCGCGAUUAAUCUUUGCCCAGCACUAAUAAUGAUAUGAUGCAACAUACGCAACUCGGAAAAACUAUGGGUAUGCAUUUUUUGCAGAAAAAUUUGCCACUUGUUUCACCAAUGAACUAUCUGUGUCGAUAAAUCGGUUUGGUCUACCUCUAAAAUACUGUAAACAAAAUUUUGCAAUCAUAUGCAGCAAUUUUUCUUUUUAUUAUUAUUGUUAAUAUUGUAUUAGAAUAAAGACAAGCUAGUGAUCAAAAACAAAAUACUAAAUGCAAUGCAUGAAUAUCAAUUUACUGAGUGAGUAAUCCACUAUUUGUGAUCCUGCCUGUGAAAUCCAGACUGAAGUCUCAAAAUCAAAUUCUGAGAUAACGAGCAUUAAAGGACAAGUUCGGUAUUUUACACUUAAAGCCCUGUUUUCAGAUUGUUUAUGGUGAAAUAGAACGGUUUUGACAGAAAUUUCGACAUAUGCAGCUGGCCCGAGAAUUUUCGGGUGUUUCUUGUAUCACCUCCCACCUCUAUAAUGGCUUUAUAGGUGCACUGGAACAACCCUUCCUAAAA